AUGAUAAAUAAUUCUUUUUCAGUGAAUCUGAAAUUAGGAAUUUGGAAUGAGAGAAUGCUCAGACUGUUUGUUAAACAAAAAUGCAUUAGCUGUUUUGCUGGGAAAAUCCCUUCUAAGCAUAGCAAAAUAUGUGUACCCCUAAUAUUUCUUUGGAUCAAAGUAAUGCGAUCUCAUAUCAUUUGACGAAUGCAAGUUGCAGAGUUUUCUUGUUUUGUUUCACUAACAUCCAUUUUAUGGGAACUUUAUGAGUUCCAGCGCACCUUCCAAAUAUUUACAGUGCUGUGGUUGGAUGGAAAGUUCAGACCGAAUCUUUAACCUCCUCGUGUUGGUUCUAAAGACUGUCUGGAGUCCAAAGGUUACGAACUGCUUGUAAACUAUCUCCAGAAUAAAAGCCUAUAUGCGAGGACAUCGGUGCUGCUUUGUGUUCUCUAUUCUUCUCGUAAUUUCCAUUUUCUCCCCGGCCUGCCCCCCGGAUUCUUAAUGGUGUGAAUUGCUGCAGUCUGUAGCAUUCAGUGAGGCUAUGCUAAUCGGUGUCAACUGAAAGCCUGUCCUGAGGCUUUGCCAGAGAUGUUAAUUCAGUUAGUACUACAAAGCUACAAAAACAAAAAAAACUUCGACAUCGUCUGCUGCUGGAGCACAGAUACCAAAACCCUCGAUUCAGCAAGCUGUUGAAGUGAGCACGCAGCUUUAAUGGUACGGAUUUAAGUGAAGUAUUCUCUGUAACAUUAAUCACUUCAUACAAACAGGGGGUAACGGAUGUAAUUUGUUAGCGGUAAAGCGGCUCUUUGCAGCGUUUUUUUUUUUCUUUUUUCUUUUUUUUUUUUUCUGUUGGAUCUGGCAUCACAAAGAUCACAAUUUGCAUUCAGAAUGCUCUUUACGAUGUUGUAGCAACUGCAGAAUUCGACGAAGGUCUCCCGUGAAUCCAAAUGUGAGAGUCUGCUUUGCUUACUUCUGCAAGGGUCUGCAUGCUAAAUAAGAUCAUUUCUGUUCUAAAUGUGGGGCAGUAUGACACUGCUUAGCCUACGGGGAUCUGUUUCCCAGAGCAAGUCUGGACCCUUGAGGCUGCUACACAGUGUAGCUCGGACGCUGUGAGUUUCAAGAAUCUGGUGAAAGGGAGAGAGUGGACAAUGAAAAUGGACAUGGAGGAUGCUGACAUGACCCUGUGGACGGAGGCCGAUUUCGAAGAGAAGUGCACGUACAUCGUCAAUGACCACCCAUGGGACCCCAGUGCCGAUGGAGGCACCCUCACUCAGGCAGAGGCUUCCUUGCCAAGGAACUUGACUUUCAAAUACUCAUCAAACUGCAAAGAGGUCACUGGAGUUAUAAGCAAAGAGUACAUCCCAAAAGGAACACGCUUUGGACCCCUGGUAGGAGAGAUCUAUACCAGCGAUACAGUUCCCAAGAAUGCGAACAGAAAAUACUUUUGGCGGAUCUAUUCAAGUGGUGAGCUUCACCACUUCAUUGACGGAUUUAAUGAGGACAAAAGCAACUGGAUGCGUUAUGUAAAUCCUGGCUACUCAGUUCAGGAGCAGAACUUGGCAGCCUGUCAGAAUGGAAUGAACAUCUACUUCUACACUAUCAAGCCCAUCCCUGCCAACCAAGAGCUGCUUGUGUGGUAUUGCCGAGACUUUGCAGAGAGGCUGCACUAUCCCUCCUCCAGAGAGCUGACAAUGAUGAACCUCACACAAACCCACGUUAAUCCAAAGCAGCACAGUGCUGAUAAAGAUGAGCUCUAUCAAAAGAGCGUCCCAAAGAAGGAGCACAGUGUGAAAGAAAUCCUGAAAAUGGAAUCCAGUCCUCCAAAAGGAAAAGACUUCUUCCAGACCAACAUUUCACCGGUUACUCCAGAAAAGGACUUGGAUGAUUUGCGUAAGAACUAUAGCCCAGAGAGGUGUUUCUUCCCUCGCGUUGUCUACCCGAUCCGACCUCACAUUCCAGAAGACUAUCUGAAAGCUUCCUUAGCAUAUGGGAUGGAUAGACCCAGCUACAUUACUCACUCACCUAUCCAGUCAUCUACUACACCAAGUCCUUCCGGGAGGAGCAGUCCAGACCAAAGUUUAAAAAGUUCAAGCCCUCACAGCAGCCCAGGGGUCACAGUUUCACCUCUGGCACCAACUUCCCAAGAGCACAGAGAGUCAUACUCAUACCUGAACGGAUCCUAUGGCUCAGAAGGAUUGGGUUCUUAUCCUGGAUACGCCCCCCCUAGCCACCUCCCAUCUGCCUUUCUACCAUCCUAUAACCCCCACUACCCCAAAUUUCUGUUACCUCCGUUCAAUAUGAGCUGUAAUAACCUGAGCGCUUUGAACAAUAUCAACGGCAUCAACAAUUUCAAUCUCUUCCCACGGAUGUAUCCCCUUUAUGGCAACCUGCUCAGUGGAGGUAGCCUUUCCCACCACAUGUUGAACCCCACCACGCUCCCCAGCUCAUUGCCCAGCGAAGGAAGCCGUCGAUUGCUGCAGCCUGAUCAUCCAAGGGACUUCCUCAUACCAGCACCUAACAGUGCCUUCUCUAUCACGGGCGCUGCUGCCAGCAUGAAGGACAAGCCAUGCAGCCCCACCAGCGGGUCACCCACAGCUGGUACAGCAGCCAGUUCAGAACACAUAAUGCAACCUAAACCUACCUCAGUGGUGUUGGCUGCCACCGGUGGUGAAGAAGCCAUGAAUCUCAUUAAAAGCAAGAGGAAUGUGACUGGUUACAAAACCCUCCCGUACCCACUGAAGAAGCAGAACGGGAAGAUCAAGUACGAAUGCAACGUUUGCUCCAAGACCUUUGGCCAGCUCUCGAAUCUGAAGGUGCACCUCCGAGUACACAGCGGAGAGAGACCAUUUAAAUGCCAGACUUGCAAUAAAGGCUUCACACAGCUGGCUCACCUCCAGAAGCACUAUCUGGUACACACAGGAGAGAAGCCCCACGAGUGUCAGGUUUGUCACAAGCGGUUCAGCAGCACCAGCAAUCUCAAAACCCACCUGCGGCUCCACUCUGGAGAGAAGCCUUACCAGUGUAAGCUGUGCCCAGCCAAAUUCACCCAGUUUGUGCACCUGAAGCUGCACAAACGUCUCCACACCCGGGAGCGUCCCCAUAAAUGCAUCCACUGCCACAAGAGCUACAUUCACCUCUGCAGCCUCCAGGUCCACCUGAAGGGCAACUGCCCUGUCGCCCCCGCCUCCGGCCUCUCGAUGGAGGACCUGAACCGAAUCAAUGAGGAGAUCGAGAAGUUUGACAUCAGUGACAAUGCAGACAAGUUGGAAGAGGUGGAGGACAAUAUUGACCUAACGUCCAUCGUGGAGAAGGAUAUACUGACCGUGCUCAGAAGGGAAAUGGAAGGAGCUAAUCUCAAAGUAUCUUUACAGAGGAACCUGGGAAACGGACUUAUCUCCUCAGGAUGCAACCUUUACGAGUCUUCAGAUAUGUCAAUUAUGAAGUUGCCUCACGGUCACCCACUACCUCUGUUACCUGUAAAGGUCAAGCAAGAAACAGUUGAACCAAUGGACCCUUAAGACUUUUUGGCAAAGUGAUUUUUUUAUUUAUGACUUGGCAAGUCAGGGUGCCUGUAGCAGUUGCUUGUACAUAGUUUCAAUGCUGCAAAGCAAUCUUGGCUUACAGUAGUUUCCCUACGCUCUCCAGCUGAAAGAAGGAACUCCAAAGUUACUGUUUUCUCAGGGCAUAAAAAGAGGCAAAGGACUGUGUGUUGCCUCGCCAGUUACUAAAAGACAAUCAUCUAUCCAUAAUUAUUUUUUCAAUGAUAGUACUUCAUAAUUUAUUAUGCAAUUUAUCAUUCUAAAAGCAAUAAUUAGAAAAAUGUUUACAAUGACUGGAAAAUUCAUUGUAAUUUUUACUUUAAGUGUUUUUAUUUUUUGUUUUAUGGCCAUUCUCCAUAGACUUUUUUUCUGCACAUCUGUUUUAAGAACCUAAGAUUGGGGUUUCAGUAACCAUGUUUUAUGUACCAAUGUCUUUUAAACAAAUGUGUUUUUUUCUUUUGCCAAAGUUGGACAUUGACAUACAGAAUCCUAGAUCAAUCAGUCUGAAAAAAAUGCUGGUACUUUUAUGUGCAAAUCACCCCAUUGGGAUUGAAAAGGAGAAAAAAAAAAAAA